UACACUCCGCACUUGCUGAUGGAAUAGCUUCAGAGGCGAGCAGAUCUCGUUCUUGCCGACAAGAUGUAGUUGGAAACUGAAUGACGGUCACGAGCGCGCACAUGCGCGCAGGGGAAAAAGACGGUAUCGAGCCAGACGGCUGGUUCGCUGGUUAACAGAAACGGUGCGGCAGCGUCAGUUUCUUCCAUCGCGCCUGGAGGACGUCCGGCGCCGGAGCGUAAUAAUUUCAUUCCCGCGUACAAAAGACGUCUGCGCCCGCGUCCGGCCGUCUGUCUCGCCGUCUUGCCAUUCAGUUUCCACUUCAAAAUUCUCGCCACUCGCGUCGCGUGUGCCGCCCGCGGAGCUGAUGUGCGCGCGGAGCUACGCCGGAGGAUGAGAUCGCCGCCGUCGCCGCUGCCGCUGCACUCGUCGUACGACGGAUAAUCACACGCGCGUGCGGGGAAGCCGACCAAGCGGUGCACAACCGCGAGAGUUAAAAUGAGCAAGUCGACCCAGACGACACGCUCUUAACAUUAAAUCGGAAGACGCCGCAUCUAGGCUGACUUUGGCCGGAAGUUGAUAGAGCGACGCGGAGAUGACGAAGAGGUUUGAGUUCAACUGGCAGAUCGAGGUGCCGGAAGCACUCCGCACCGGCUGCGUCUUCGAUCGCUGGGCGGAGGAGAAGGAUAACACUGAAAUCGAGCUGAAUUGCCAGUUUAAAGUCGACGAGUACGGUUUCUUUAUCUACUGGCAGAGCGAGGGGAAGGACGGCGACGUUAUAGAGCUGUGUCAAGUGAGCGACAUCAGAGCCGGAGGCGUUCCUAAGGAUCCCAAGUUACUUGACAAGCUGCUCAGCAAGCAUGGCGAACAAUUGGACGAGAAAAGUCUGACCAUCUGUUCUGGCGUCGAUUACACCAAUAUCAACUAUCAGCACGUCGUGUGUCCGGAUCCUGCCACAGCCAAGGUAUGGUUGGACGGCGUUCGAUCGAUUACGCACAACGUCAAAGCGAAUAACGUUUGCCCGCUUACAUGUCUGAAGAAACAUUGGAUGCGGCUUAGAAUGUUGGUGGAUCCUAAUGGAAAAGUUCCAGUGAAAGUGGUCGCGAGAACUUUCGCGUCUGGUAAAACAGAGAAGCUCGUUUACCAGUGUCUCUCUGAAUUAGGCCUACCUAGCGGAAAGAACGACGUGAUAGAACCCGACGAUUUCACCUUCGACGCAUUCUACGCGCUUUAUCACAAAAUAUGCCCGAGGAACGAUAUAGAGGAAUUAUUUCAGUCCAUAACGCAGGGUAAGGCCGAUACAAUUAACUUGGAACAACUAAUCACCUUCCUUAAUGGAAAGCAAAGGGACCCGACCCUGAAUGAAAUCCUCUACCCAUUCUACGACAAGAAACGUGCGUUGGAGAUUAUCAAUGAUUACGAGCAGAACGAAGCUGCGCGUAAUGAAAAAACAAUGACGAAGGACGGUUUCAUAAGGUACCUGAUAUCCGACGAGAACGCGCCAGUUUUCCUCGACAGAUUAGACGUUUACAUGGAUAUGGACCAACCUCUUGCGCAUUAUUACAUCAAUUCGAGCCACAACACAUACCUGAGCGGCCGUCAAUUCGGCGGGAAGAGCAGCGUCGAAAUGUACAGACAAGUUCUACUAGCUGGAUGCAGGUGCGUUGAAUUGGAUUGUUGGGACGGCAAAGGGGAAGACGAGGAGCCAAUAAUCACCCACGGCAAAGCCAUGUGCACCGACAUUCUAUUCAAGGACGUUAUAUACGCAGUCAGAGACACGGCCUUUGUUACAUCAGAAUAUCCGCUAAUUCUCAGCUUCGAAAAUCAUUGUAGCAAGAAGCAACAAUACAAACUGGCCAAGUACUGCGAUGAAAUUUUGGGCGAUCUAUUGUUGAAGGAACCCCUCAAAGAAUAUCCUUUGGAGCCAGGAGUACCGCUGCCGUCGCCCAACAUGCUGAAACGCAAGAUUAUCAUUAAGAACAAGCGCCUAAGGCCAGAAGUCGAGAAGCAGGAAUUGGAGCUCUUCAAGCAAGGUCAAUUCGUAAUCGAGGACGAGAUCAAGGAAGACGCCAGCGCGCCGCCGACGAUCGCCGUCGUGGAACAGCAAUCGGUAAAAGAGGACAAUUCUGAAUCCAUAACGUCGCCGAGCAUUCAACAACAGCAAUCUGUCACUGGUUCGGUGGGCCUUGGAGAAAGCAUGGAGUUGGUAGUGGCUCAGAAUUAUAUCGGAAGUACUCUCAACGUGCACCCGUGGCUGUCCUCCAUGGUCAACUAUGCGCAACCAAUAAAGUUCGCCAGUUUCGAGGAGGCCGAAGAAAAGAACAUUCAUCACAAUAUGUCUUCCUUCUCGGAAACGGCCGGUUUGGCCUAUUUGAAAUCCUCCGAACUUGCCAUUGAAUUUGUAAAUUAUAACAAGCGGCAGAUGAGCCGGAUCUAUCCGAAAGGCACACGAGCCGACUCUUCCAACUAUAUGCCGCAGGUCUUCUGGAACGCUGGCUGCCAAAUGGUGUCGCUGAACUUUCAAACCGCGGAUCUGCCCAUGCAAUUGAAUCAAGGCAAGUUCGAGUACAACGGAUCUUCGGGCUAUUUAUUGAAGCCGGAUUUCAUGAGACGCGCUGAUAGGAGCUUCGAUCCUUUCGCCGAGAGCCCCGUGGACGGAGUGAUCGCCACACAGUGCAGCGUUCAGGUAAUAGCUGGCCAGUUUUUAUCCGACAAGAAAGUCGGAACGUACGUUGAAGUCGAAAUGUAUGGCCUAACAACCGACACGAUACGCAAGGAAUUUCGCACAAGGGUGGUUCCCGCCAACGGUCUGAACCCCGUUUACAAUGAAGAGCCCUUUCUCUUUAGGAAAGUCGUCCUCCCCGAUUUGGCCGCUCUGAGAUUCGCGGUGUACGAUGAGUCGAACGGCAAACUGCUAGGGCAGAGGAUCGUUCCUUUGGACGGUUUGCAGGCCGGAUAUCGGCACAUCGCGUUGCGAACCGAGGCCAACUUUUCUAUGUCUUUGCCUAUGCUGUUUUGUAAUAUUGACAUAAAAAUUUAUGUGCCAGAUGGUUUUCAAGAUCUUAUGGACGCCUUGACGGCGCCACGAGCACACAGAAAAGCGGAAAGUAUGGCGCAAAAUAAAAUGCGGGGUCUGGGGAUCGAAGAGAGUGAUAGCAAGAACAAUAUGGACAGCAGAAACAAUGUGUUACCUCAUCACCAAGAGGCAGCGAAACCAAGAGAAGAAAUGAAAUUCGAUCCAAUCACUCUGGAGAGUCUGAGACAAGAAAAGGGUUAUCAAAAAGUUUUACGGAAACAGCAAAAAGAAUUGGAGUCUUUGAAAAAGAGGCAUCACAAGGAGAAACUGGCUGUCCAGAAGCAACAUUGCGUUGCAAUAGAGAAGAUUUUUAAGGGGAAAAACAAAGCGGAACUUUCGAGGGACCCGAUCGUUCGUCGCGCAGUUUCCGAACAGACGACCCAGUGGUCGCGUCUCGCCGACAGGCAGCGCCGGGAGGAACGCGAUCUGGUCCGCGGGCAUCUGGAGGAGCGGCAAGCGCAGCUGUGCAAAUUGUGUAUGGCCGCGCAGCUGGCGCAACAGAAACAGCUGACCUUGCGUCACGAUCGCGAGAUGAAAGAGAUGACCGCGCGGCAGGCGAGGCUGUCGGUAGAGAGCGCGAGGGAGGUGAUGAACGACAAGACCUUGAAGACGCGCGGGAUCAAGGAGGGCAGGCUCAGAGAGAAGCAGCAGAACAACACGAAGAAGUUUAUGGAGGAGCGCAAGAUCGGGCAGAUGAUACAGAACCGGGAGAAGGAAAAACUCAAAAAGAUUCACGAGAAGCAAUUGGAAGAGUUGCAGAAGGACAUGAAUGCGAUCAUGGAUAUGUACAACAAUGAGGACAUGGACUACGAGCCUGCUAAGAUGCUGGCUGAAUUCUACGUGUGAUGAGUGCCAGCCGAGUUUCUCCGCAAAUUUUCUUCGUAGCGAGAAACACGUUACGAAGGAGUGGAACUGUUUUCAGACAAUUUACUACUGUCGUUAAUUAUACUUGAAAUUGGGAUCAAAUUUUAUUAGCUGUCGUUCUCGUAUCUUGCCGACAAAUGUCGCGUUAUUGUGAGAAAGAGAAAAAAAAAUGAGCAACUACAUUAACGUUUCUAUAAUAAUUCAUUCAGCCAAGUAUUUUUUUAUAAGCAGACAUUUUAUGUCUCCAUAGUCUUUGAGUACCUAGACUAUAACGAGGGAGUCAAUACAACUAAAAUGAUCUAGUCAAGUAUUAAAUAUAUAUAUAUAUUUAUUAAUAUUUAAUAUAUAUAUAUAUACUUAUACAAAAAAAAACAUAUAUCACGAUGUCGUAGCCGAUGUGAAAAACGGUGCAAUGCACCGCGCGAUUCGUCGAAGUGAAUAUUUUUCGAUUGUUAACGCUAUUGUCGAAGUCUAUCAGAGCGAUAAACGUGUAUGCGUGUGUGAGCGCGCGUGUAUGUGUGUAUGUGUGUGAGAGAGAGACUGUUGUCUGUAUUCGUGAAUCGAUGCCUAAUGCCGAGAGAAACUUUCUCUGUUACUCGUGAUGAUUCCUAGACCAUACAUACAUACCUUAAGUUGAGAGAGAGACGCUCUCGCAGUCGGACCUAGCCGAUAAUUCACGUGACUGCUGAUAAUGACUAGAGUAUUAUAGAGCGUUUGAGAAUCUUGAGACCAAGCGUGAUUUACGGGCCUGCGGCCGUAAAUUUACGAGAUCGAAGGAAAGCGCCUCUUACCACGGCCCUUAACAUGAAUGGUCACAUAGGAUUGUAAAUUAAAACUUCAAACGAGAGCCUAGUAUAAUGAUUACCACGUUGUUGUUUUCAUUAUAACAUAAUGUUAUUUACAUAAAUUAUUAUAUCAUCCUAUACAUAUAUAUGUCUAUAUUGGAUAUAAAGGACAAAAUAAAAAAAAAUUACGCAAAUCGCAUUCGCAAUUAUUUCCGUUCUAUUGCGAGUAAUCGUCUUCACAAGAGCGUACAUAUUUGAACGUCGAUAAAAACUACGAUGCGGUAAGAAUUAUGCUACAAGUAACAAAAAAAAAGUAUUAUACAAAACAUAUAUUAAUUUAUUAGGCAAUCCAACAAACCUGUUAAGUACAUUUAAGCCUCAGAACUUUUCAAUUAAUUUUGAAUUGUUCAAAU